AUGGGUAUAGCUGAGAAAUGGUGUCCUAACACCAAAACCUUUGUGUUCCCAUGGGGAGAAACAACAAUAACACUUGAAGACGUUAUGUUGCUUCUAGGUUUCUCUGUUUUUGCUACCCUGGAUGGUUCAGGAGAGAAGAGUAAGGAGAAACUGGAGGAAGAACGGGUGAUACUUCAGAAAGGUCAAGGAAGAAUGAUCAAUGAAGCUAUUUUUCCAGUUGAUGUAACGUAUGGUGGAGAAGAUGCAUCUGAACAGCUUGGUAAAAAGAGUAGGUCUGAGGUGGAUAACAAUGAUUCAGACCCUCAUCAAGAGCUUUGUUCGGUACGAGCUGAUGGAAAUUGUGGGUUUAUGUCAUCUGAUUCCUCUUUAAGCAAGUGCUGUGUGUGA